ACACUUCCUUCUGAGCUGGGCCAAAUGGACUCUCUGGAGUGGCUCUUCGUUCCUCGAAAUGGCAUUAAUGGUACUAUCCCCACAGAGCUUGGGUUGCUUCACCAGAAUCUAUCAGUUCUUUCCCUCUUGGAAAACAAUCUAACCGGAACACUACCAAGCCAGCUAGGGGAAUUGACAUCAUCUACUGCAGUCAGCGUCCACAACAACCAGUUGACAGGGACCCUCCCAAGCGAGUUUGGACAGCUGACAUCGCUUACCAUGGGACUCACUUUCCAUAACAAUCAGCUUACAGGGACUCUGCCAACAGAGCUCUCCAGCAUACUCUCCCUGCAAAAUCUACAGUUCCAAAACAACAGAUUUAUAGGCCAGAUUCCCAGUGAGUUUGGUCUCCUUUAUUCACUCAGCUGGCUGGAAAUGGCAAACAAUUCCUUGUCUGGAAUUGUACCUCAAGAGCUUUCAGCACUGCAGCAAUCCCUCCACACAUUGACACUACAAGACAACCCUCUUUUGUCUGGAAGCCUACCAGAUGCACUUUGCCAACCAAUGGAACUUGCACCAGCAAUAUCUUGUUUCAGUGUGAAGGCAGCUAUGGCUUGUCCUUUGACUGUACCGACAUUUUGUGUGGUUGUGGCUGCAGCUUUGGAGCCAAUGGAGCAAACAGCACAGAGUGACUUACACUAUUACGGCACAAUCCAUCUUCCCUUGUUUCAAAUGAAGCUAUCCAUCCAGUGUGGAACUAAGCUAAAGUUACCAAUGCUAGCCUGA